CCCGCCGUUUGCAUUGAGGCGAUGGCGGCGGCGGCUGCAGCUGCGGCACUGAGCUCCCAGCCCCAGGAAGGGACAAAGGCGGAGGCCGAGGCUGGGGAGCUGUGCCGGCUUCGAGCCGAGCUGGCAGGUGCCCUGGCUGAAAUGGAGACCAUGAAGGCUGUGGCAGAGGUGAGCGAGAGUACAAAGGCUGAGGCGGUAGCUGCGGUGCAGAGGCAGUGCCAAGAGGAGGUGGCCUCCCUGCAGGCCAUCCUGAAAGACUCCAUCGGCAGCUACGAAGCCCAGAUGGCUUCUCUGAAGCAGGAACGGCAGCAGCAGCAGCUGGACUGCCAGGACAAGGAGCGCGAGCUAGCCCGGCUGAAGCAGCUGCUGUCCCGGGCGCACCCACUGGACUCCCUGGAGAAGCAGAUGGAAAAGGCUCACGAGGACUCGGAGAAACUGCGGGAGAUCGUGCUGCCCAUGGAGCAGGAGAUAGAGGAGCUGAAGGCCAAGCUGCUCAGGGCGGAGAAGCUCAUCCAGGAGAUCCAGAGACGGCCUGAGCCCCCCGCCUCCCUGCAUGGCUCCACGGAGCUGCUGCCCCUAUCCCGGGACUCGUCCCCCCCUCUGGAGCCACUGGAGGAGCUGAGCGGAGACGGGGGCGCAGCAGCCGAGGCCUUCGCCCACAACUGUGACGACAGCGCCUCCAUCUCCUCCUUCUCCCUGGGCGGCGGGGCCAGCAGCAGCACCUCCCUGCCCCACAGCCGCCAGGGCCUGAGCCCGGAGCAGGAGGAGACUGCCUCCCUGGUGUCCACGGGCACCCUGGUCCCGGAGGGCAUCUACCUGCCGCCUCCUGGCUACCAGCUGGUCCCAGACAACCAGUGGGAGCAGCUGCAGACCGAGGGGCAGCAGCUGCAGAAGGACCUGGAGAGCCUCGGCCGAGAGCGGGACGAGCUCCGAGAGGGCCUGAGACGGAGCAACGAGGACUGUGCCAAGCAGAUGCAGGUGCUCCUGGCCCAAGUGCAGAACUCAGAGCAGCUGCUGCGGACCCUGCAGGGAACUGUGAGCCAGGCCCAGGAGCGAGUUCAGCUGCAGAUGGCCGAGCUCGCUACCUCCCACAAAUGCCUGAGCCGUGAAGUGAAGCGGCUGAGUGAGGAGAACCGGGGACUCCGGGCCGAGCCGCCGCCACCUGGUGCGCCCCCAGGCCUGGACCAGGAGGAAGGCAGGCACGAGGAGCUGCCCAGCUUAGUGCCGGACCUGCAGCAGCUGGUGCGGCUCACGAGGCAGGAGGCGCGGGCCCGGCAGCAGGCCUGGGAGCACGAGGCCGAGCGGCUGCGCAUUGAGAUUGUGAAGCUGCGGGAGGCCCUGGAGGACCAGACGGCGGCCAGGGCCAGCCUGGAGGGACAGUUGAGGGUGCAGCAGGAGGAGACAGAGGUGUUCGAGGCGUCCCUGUGCAGCCUGAGGACGGAGCUGGAGCGAGUCCAACAGGAACACAGCAAGGCCGGGCAGCAGGAAGCGCCGAAGCCACCAGUAGCCUCUAGCCCGACGGAAGAGGCCCCAGUCCCUGACCUCCUCUCAGAGCAGAGGGCCAAGGUGCUGCGGCUGCAGGCAGAGCUGGAGACCAGCGAGCAGGUGCAGAGGGAUUUUGUACGUCUGUCCCAGGCCCUGCAGGUGCGCCUGGAGCGUAUCCGCCAGGCAGGAACGCUGGAGCAAGUUCGCAGCAUCCUGGAUGAGGUGCCCCUCAGAGAUGUCAGGGACAUCAGGGACACCUGAGAGACCUGGUCAAGGACCGUCCCUGGCCCACCAUCCCGGAGAGACUGCCUGUCUUCCCUGUGGAGCCUAAGGCCUGGGCCUGGGAACUUGGGUCCAAGGGGAUGGGGGCUGCCCCUGCUCUCUCCCGCCACACCUCCUCCCAGGGGUGUCUGUGCCUCCUAGUCUCAGGGAUGACACCUGGGUGAGGGGCCACGCCCCUCCCAGAACCAAAGGCGCAGGCUGGAGCCUGCAGCUGCCUGCCACUGCUGGCCCUGUGCUGGCUCCUGGGCCCGAGGCCUCCCCUCCCAGCAGCCCCUGCCUGAGACACAGUGCCAAGCUGUGUGGUGGCCUUGGUCUGCCAGGGAGCCCUCAGUGCAGGUCUCUUUCUCACAUACCCACCAGCUACCCUCCAGGCGGCAUGACACUAAAAGGCGGGGAGGGGGAGGGAACCCCACCACGUGCACAGAAGGGAGGCCAGACUUUUCUGUCAUUUAUUUUCAAUAAAUAAGCAGCUCAGCUCCGUC